UACUAUCUCCACACCACAGACCCCUCAGAUGAGCACGAUUCAUCUGUGUCCUCCAAGCAGCUCCAGGACAGAGCUUUUCACAAAGCCUUCAGACUUUGUUAAGCUUCUGCUGGAGGCUCCAGCAUAGUUUGGACCCGUUGGAGGAGCGCGAACAUUCAGGUCUCCACUGCUGGUGAAGCCGUGACCCAAAGCAUCCAACCCCUGGCAGCCAUCUGCUCCGCAGCCAUAGCCCACAUUCCCAUGCCCUGCUUGCUUUGGGGCUCUCUCUCUGUGCGGCCUCCAGGCCCCGCCCUGGAGAUGAACGCGAUGCCAGGGUCCUAGUGUGCCUCAUGAUGCCCCCAGCCUAGCUCCUCCCCACACUUCGGUACGAUGUUGCCCAACUCUACCAACAGUUCUGUUCCCCCUGCCAACGGUUCUGUUCCCCCGUGCCCCGACUACCGGCCCACCCACCGCCUGCACAUGGUGGCCUACAGCCUGGUGCUGGCCGCAGGGCUCCCCCUCAACGCGCUGGCCCUCUGGGUCUUCCUGCGCGCGCUGCGCGUGCACUCCGUCGUGAGCGUGUACAUGUGCAACCUGGCGGCCAGCGACCUGCUCUUCACCCUCUCGCUGCCCGUGCGCAUCUCCUACUACGCCCUGCACUACUGGCCCUUCUCCGACCUCCUGUGCCAGACAGCGGGCGCCAUCUUCCAGACGAACAUGUACGGCAGCUGCAUCUUCCUGACUCUCAUCAACGUGGACCGCUACGCGGCCAUCGUGCACCCGCUGCGGCUGCGCCACCUGCGGCGGCCCCGCGUGGCGCGGCUGCUCUGCCUGGGAGUGUGGGCGCUCAUCCUCGUGUUCGCCGUGCCCACCGUCCUGGUGCACAGGCCCUCGUCCUGCAGCUACGGCGGCGGCCAGGUGCGCCUGUGCUUCGAGAGCUUCGGCGACAGGCUGUGGAAGGGCGGGCUGCUGCCGCUCGUGCUGCUGGCCGAGGCGCUGGGCUUCCUGCUGCCCCUGGUGGCGGUGCUCUACUCGUCGGGCCGGGUCUUCUGGACCCUGGCGCGGCCCGACGCCACGCAGAGCCAGCGGCGGCGGAAGACCGUGCGCCUCCUGCUGGCCAACCUCGUCAUCUUCCUGCUGUGCUUCGUGCCCUACAACGCCACGCUGGCGGUGUACGGGCUGCUGCGGGGCAACCUGGUGGCGGCGAACAGCAAGGUCUGCGAUCGGGUGCGCGGGGUGCUGAUGGUGAUGGUGCUGUUGGCCGGCGCCAACUGCGUGCUAGACCCUCUGGUGUAUUACUUCAGCGCCGAGGGUUUCCGCAACACCCUGCGAGGCCUGGGCACUCCGAACCGCGCCAGGACCUUGGCCACCAACGGGGCUCAGGGGGCGCUCGCCGAACAGCCCACUGAGACCACUUGCAUCACCACCCCGGCUACCGCCGAACAGGGGCUGCUCAGGCCCUCCAACGUGGGGACACCCUUAACCCAGCUCCCCGAGGAUUCGGCCCUCUGACAGCACAUCAUGCCAUCGCUCGGUCACCCCCACCUCUCACCCCCUCGCCGCUGACACGCAUUAGGGUGUGUACACGAGGGAAGUGGAUUGGGCACUUGGGACUUCUGGAAGGCAACUCCCGCCCAGAAAUGCAGAAAAGAACAAAGUGUGGGGAGCCUGGGAAGGAGGAGCGCUGUGCUAAUGGCCUUCUUUAAUUUGGUGGUGACGGUGAGCCUGAGGCCGGACCCCUUCCCCAGUCCCUAGGAAGUGAAGCUGUGAGCUUUCCCAAUGCAGAGGCAGAUGACUGGAUGGCAUGCCCUUGGCGUGGUCAUGAAACACUCUUGAGAGCUGGGAGAUGGAGCAGAAAGUGGGUGUCCUGGAUUUACAGCCACCACAGUAGUCUUAGGACCUCAGGUGCCACCCACCCUCAUUUCCACCUGGGCUUCCCUUGCCCAGAACUUUCCUUGCCGAGUAAACUCAACGAUACGGAGUUUAAUGGAUACAGACAGAAUUGGUUUCCUUGUUGGUUAGUGACUUGUAACAAUUUGGACCUGGCACCCAAAGUGGGGUGGUUGGGGGCAGGACAAAACUGUGUGUUGGAGGGUAUUUUUUUCCCCAGAUCCAGUCCCUGUAGCCCUUUUCACCUGUCUCUGUCCACUCCACACCGCUUUUGAGACUGCCUCCACUCUAGGUCCUAAAUUCUCUCUCUCUGCCUCUGGUGCAUCAUCUAGAAUUAAGGAGAAAAUUCUUUGUACUAAAGUAGCAGUUCUUAAACUUUGUUCCCAGACCCUUUAACAACUCAAGGAUUCCAAAGGGCUUUUGCUUGCACUUUAUUCUUUUGAGACUUAACCAUAACAGAAAUUAGAACUCACGAGUGUUAACGACAGAAACACACAAGCACACUUUCCAUUAGCUGUGAGAGCAAUAAUGUCAUCACAUUUCAUGAAGCCUCUGGAAAACUCCACUGUAUACCUGUGAGAGAUGAGAAUGCAAAGAACAAAUGACAUGAUGGGAGAAGCAGGAUUCCAAAAAUAACUUUGACCUUGUGGACAUCCUUAAAGAGCCAGUAUUAGAGCUCACGUGUAACUUCUUCCCAGGGCAUAUACAUACAUUACUUUUUAUUACUACCAGGGACAGGGCAAUACUUGGGCAAAUCAAUUGCUAAUUGUAGUCCAGAAGGCUUGAGGGUUUGCAGGUGGGAGUUGCACACCCAGUGUAACACCACCCUGGACUUCCUGGAGUGGCAGCCCUGAGGUGGGGGUGAACUAGUCACACAAACACUCUGAGGAGGGGCAGGGCUCCUCUCUCCCUGGGAAGGGAAAAAGGAACUAUUGCCACAGCCAGGAAAGAACUUUCCAGCGAAAAAAGAGUGCAAUGGGAGGACAGGAAUAGGCUGGCUGUUCUUUGCAAGCUGGAGGCAAGGGACAUGGAAGACUGGUUCAUGGGCCACCUACUGUUUUCUUCCCUCUUUACAGGAGUUGGGCUGGGAGGGGUUGCAGAGUUGGCAUCCUGAGACUCUGUGUAACCGAGGAAGUUGCUGCCAUGCGUGUGUCCUGUAUGCAUUUCUGUCUCUGUGUCUCUCAAUGAUGUAUGUUUCUGUGUGUGGGAGGGGGGAAAGAGAGACGGAGAGAGA